AGCAGCGAAGUGGUUUGAAACGCAAGUCAGAUGAGCUUGAAGAAGCAACUGGUCUACAACAACAAGUGUUACAGAAUAAACGGAUAGAUAACAGAGUUACUACUCAUCAUCGCCACCAGGUGCAUCCCAACAUUCAUCAUAAAAGUGCACCUACUGCAGUAGCAGUGUCUAUAACCUCAACAAAAAAAUUCACAACAGCAAACACAACUAUCACCACGGCGCCCGCAACAUCAAAAAGUAACUCCUCCAAUAGUGAGGGGGACUAUCAACUUGUACAACAUGAAGUUUUAUAUUCAACCACAAACCAGUAUGAAGUGCUGGAGUUUUUGGGACGUGGGACAUUUGGUCAGGUGGUUAAAUGCUGGAAGAAAGGGACCAAUGAAAUUGUGGCAAUCAAAAUCCUAAAGAACCAUCCUUCUUAUGCCCGACAAGGUCAGAUAGAAGUCAGCAUCCUGCAUCGCUUGAGUCAGGAAAGUGCAGAUGAGUUCAAUUUCGUAAGAGCUUAUGAGUGUUUCACCCACAAGAACCACACCUGUCUGGUGUUUGAAAUGUUAGAGCAGAACCUGUAUGAUUUCCUUAAACAGAACAAGUUCAAACCUCUCCCACUGAAGUACAUCCGUCCCGUCCUACAGCAGGUUCUUAGUGCUCUUCUCAAGUUAAAGCAACUCGGGUUAAUCCACGCUGAUCUGAAACCGGAAAACAUCAUGCUAGUAGACCCCAUACGUCAUCCUUUCAGGGUAAAGGUGAUCGACUUUGGCUCAGCUAGCCAUGUUUCGAAGGCGGUGUGUUCCACUUAUCUUCAGUCAAGAUAUUACAGAGCUCCAGAAAUCAUACUUGGCCUGCUAUUCUGUGAAGCAAUUGAUAUGUGGUCCCUAGGCUGUGUGAUAGCUGAACUUUUUCUGGGGUGGCCUCUGUAUCCAGGGUCUUCUGAGUAUGAUCAGAUAAGAUACAUCAGUCAGACCCAAGGAUUGCCAGCCGAACACAUGUUAAAUAAUGCCACCAAAACAUCACGUUUCUUCUACAGAGAAACUGACAGCAAUUAUCCAUUUUGGAGAUUAAAGACCCCUGAAGAACAUGAAACAGAAACUAAUAUUAAGUCUAAAGAAGCCAGGAAAUAUAUUUUUAACUGUCUUGAUGACAUGGCACAGGUAAAUGUGCCGACAGAUUUAGAAGGUGGUGAGCUGUUGGCCGAAAAGGCAGAUCGUAGGGAAUUUAUUGACCUUCUCAAGAGAAUGUUGACGCUUGACCAAGAGCGAAGAAUUACUCCUGGAGAAGCUCUGAACCACAAUUUUGUAUCUCUAAACCACCUUAUGGAUUAUGCACAUUGUGCCAAUGUGAAAGCUUCGGUUCAGAUGAUGGAAGUAUGUCGCAAAAACAGACAUACGUAUGACCAGAACGGAAACCAAGUGUCGAUCAUGGGUAACUUUGGUUCAUCUUCCACUAAUGUAACUCUUACAUUUAACAACCAGCUGAGUAAUCUUCAAAACCAGUAUCAGCUUCAGCCUUCAAGUUUCUAUCAACCAGCCAAUCAGGUGGCACGGUCACAGCAAGUGAACAUCCCCCAACAACAGUCACAAGCAAGGGUCAGUGGAGUUUCUGCAGUACAGGGAAAUCAGUACGUUACUACUGGUGCUCGAGCUGCCGACCCUUUCCAACAAGCAUCCCAGUCUCUUUGUGUCCCCUCAAUACUGUGUCCUCCUUAUCAAGGAUUAAACUCGCCUGCAAAACACGUGGUACCAGUGGUUGCUCAGGCAGCCCAGGCCUUGCAGAUCCAACCAUCUCUUCUCACACAGGUAGGCACCCAGAGGUAUGUUCCAUUACCUGUGGUUGAACAAAAUGGAAGACAGAUGCUUCUUACGAAUGCCGUACAGUCAGGAUGGGCAGCUAAUCGUCAGAUGUUUGUUCCAUCGUGGCAACAACUUCCAACACAGCGAUCGAUCCAACAACAGGUGUUGUCAGACUCCGAAGUCUGGAACCGAUCCCUUGUUCUGGAGCAAGCUGCUCUGCUACCUCAACAACCUGCUGUCAUACCUGUCCAGGCUACAACACUGGCAGCCCCAGGCCUUCAACAACACUGGGGAAUGGUUGCAACUGCUAACCCUAAUCCUGCUCACUGUUACAUUGGGAGUGGUCGUCAACAGCAACAAGCUGUUAUGGAUCAUCAUGGAGUUACUGGAGCAGUACAAGUGGCCUCUUCAAAAAGAGUCACUAAAACUAGGACUGGGAAGGAGAAAGAGGUGAGUAGCACCCAACUGUCACCCGUGAAGAAACGGGUGAAAGAAGGAAGUCCACCUAAGUGGGAAAUAAUACCCCAUGCUCACAAAGAAAUUGGUAACUAUCACAUAAACAAAGUGAUGGCUAGUAGUGGCACCAAAGAAUGCCGUACAAACUCGCAUGUUGGUGGAGUCCAGUGGUCCGCUGAAACAAAAUCUGGAAGAAACGUGUAAGUUAA